AUGUCUGUACCUCUCAUCGACCCGCGUUCCUUCCGUUCUUUUUGCUUUCGGGGCGAAGGUCGUGCAAAUUUCGUUAUUAGUGCAAAAUGUGAAAAAUCAGGCCUCAGGAUAGCAUGGAGGCUUGCAAAGCAACGCAAAUCAGGUUGUGUGUCAACGAAACCGAAAUGUCGUGUUGUUUGUGCAUAUUUGGAGAAGUUGAUUGUGCCUUUUCUUGGUCGUCAAUUCCUUGUUAAGCCAGAAAUCGUUGAAAUCGAUGUCCUCUCAUUGCAUCAUCUUGCCAAAGUUAGCAAAAUUCCUUCACUUCAAUUUAAUUUAAAAAUCGAAACCUUCGAUGAAUUGUGUGAUAUAUCGAAGUAUCCUUCAACGAUGAGCUUCCUGCCGCUUACCAUUCCAAAAGAGGUACGCUCCGUCUGUGUCCUACAAAUGCUCGAUGCAACGCGGAUACCGAAAUGCUUAUCACCUCAGUUUUUUGGGCCAACAAUUACGGUGGAAAUAAAACCGAAGCAAGGCUUCAUGCAGAAUCAUCCAGGUGUCGAAGUACCAUAUUGCAACAAUUGCAUUCUGCAGCUGGAAAAGUGCUAUUCGAAUGCUUUUGAACAGAUGUACGAUUUUUGCCCACUGGAUCUGUUCAGUGGUGAUUUGGAUCGUAUGCGAAAAGCCCUAAAAUCACUGUUUGCUGUACCUCAUCGAAAUUUGCGUAUUUUUUUGGAUGGAACUGUGAUACAUUCGGAUGAAAUACCGCUUGCUGGUGAGCAACUCCGCGAAACACUGUUCCAUGAUGGCUCGAUAUCUUUGUGCUGUAUAAUGGUUGGUGCACCAUCGGAUGAUUUGUUUGCAAUGCACAGUUCAAGUGUUUUGGCGAAAUUGCUCACCGGACAGCGUAUUGAUACGAUUGGUAUCGUACGUGCAUAUCAAAUCUACAGGAGCCUUCCCGAAGCAGUACAGGUAGACUUUACACACACACACACACACACACUGCGAGCUUAG